AUGGGUUGUUCUUCUUCAAGCUCAAGUGCAGUUUAAGAAAUUAAAAAAAAUGGUGCAACAUUUUUCGAUUCUGGAAAAUUAGGUUCUAUUGAAGUCAAAAACAGAUUAGUUAUGGCAGCAAUGACCAGAUGCAGAGGUGAUCCAACUACUGGUAUCCCCAAUGACUUAAUGGCUGACUACUAUGCUUAAAGAGCAGAUUUUGGACUCAUUCUUACUGAAUGCAGUCAGAUUUCUCCUUUAUCAAACGCCUUCCCUGGAUCAGGUGGUAUUUAUUCAAAAGAAUAGGUUGAAGGAUGGAAGAAAGUUACUUAAAAGGUUCAUGAAAAGGGUGGUAAAAUAGUUUUACAAAUUUGGCACUCUGGUAGAGCUGUUCUUAAGGAAUUCAUUGGCGGCUCUGAUCCUUUGGCUCCUUCUGCUAUUGCAAUCAGAACUCCUCAUGCAUACACUAAGGGACCUCACCCUGUUCCUAAAGAAAUGACCAAAGAAGAUAUUAAAACUGUCAUUGAAGAAUUUAGAUAAGGUGCUGUUAAUGCUAAAGAAGCUGGCUUUGAUGGAAUUCAACUCCACGGAGCUAAUGGUUAUCUAGUAGACUAAUUCUUAAAGGAUGGAACAAACCACAGAACUGAUGAAUAUGGUGGAAGCAUUGAAAAUCGUGCUAGAUUCUUAUUCGAAGCUCUUGAUGCUUUGAUUUCUGUUUUUGGAGCUGAUAAAGUAGGUAUUAAACUUUCUCCUACUGGAAGAUAUAACGAUAUGUAUGACUCUAAUCCUCUUGAAUCACUUAAGUAUGUCCUUAAGGAACUAGAAAAAAGAAAAAUUGCCUUCGUUGAAGUCAAAAGACACAAUAAAACUGAAGUAAGCUCAAGCGAAAAUGGUAAGGAUGAACACGGUUAGACUUUACCUGAAGUUCAAAUUCCUAACUUCUUUGAUUAAAUCAGACCUCUCUACUCUGGUACCUUAAUUUUGAAUGAUGGUGUUGACUAAAAGUUGGGAGAGGAAUUGCUUGCUACAGGAAAGGCUGACUUUAUCAGUUUUGCUAAGCUCGCUAUUGCAAAUCCUGAUCUUCCUAACAGAUUUAAAAACGGUUGGGAAGUCGCUAUGCCCGAUUUCAGUCUUCUUUUCUCUGGUGGUGAAAAAGGUUACAAUGACUAUCACAGACAUGAAGCAAAAAAAUAAGAAUGA